GGGUUUGAUUUGAAAAUUUUGCAAUAGUGGAGGACGUGUCUUGUAAUUCACACUUGCAGUUAGCAAAACAAAAACCUGAAGGCUGAAUACGACCACCAACCAAGAAACCAGAUUCAUCGAUCGAUAUCUUGUUACCCAUCUUCAUGUUAAACAGGAGAUAAUGGAUUCAGGAGAAGGUAAGCCUAGGUGGGUUCAUUACGCUAAUAGUUCCAUAGUUCAAGAAGAUUACAAGGGAACUUCACCAUCUUCAUCUAAAUUACCUUCAGAAGAAAGUCCUGGUGAUGGAGUCAAGUUAUAUGAUCUUGCAGGUGACACCAAAUGGUGGUUACACCAUCAACCUAAAGAAAAUCCCACCUCUUUCUGGGAACCAUCAUGGGAAACCAUGGAAAUGGAAGAAAAAUAUGCAAAAAUCAAGGAAUUUGAAGCAGAGAAAAAGAGUCAAGAUGAACUGAGCAAGGCUGAGCUUUUGGAAGCACUUUGCCAUUCUCAAACACGAGCAAGGGAAGCUGAAAAAGCUGCACAAAAAGCAAACAAUGAAAAAGAAGACAUGAUCAGUCAGUUUAUGAAGCAAGCUUCACAGCUAUUUGCUUACAAGCAAUGGUUUCGUAUAUUGCAACUGGAAGCUACUAGGAACAGUAAGUAUCAUCAGCAAAGGGUUUGGAAGAGGAAGAAGAAGGAGAAGGCUGACUCUGGAUCAUCAAGAUACAAAAAUGGAAAGUCUUUUGGGAGCUUUGUUUUGGGUUUGAGUCUUGGUGGUGCGGGUUUCUUACUUGGUUGGACAUUGGGUUGGUUAUUCAGAUGAAUUUGUUGGUUGAUUGAUUGGUUUGUUUGAACAAUUGAACAUUUGAACAUGUCCAUGUUAAUGUUAUGUUUGUAAAUAGAGUUGAAGAUUUGUUCUAUAUACAGAUCUUGUCUGGUAUAUAGAUGUGUUUGUUUGUUUAUAAUCUUGAAACAUUUCUGAUGUCUGUAAAUAGGAUGUUCAAGUUGGAAGUAUGUAUAUAAAUUUGAGUUUGAAGUUUGAAGAAUGUUUCUGGUUUUGCCA